GGGCUUUGUCUGUGUGCGCCUUUCUCUCGCUCUCCCUCUCUCUCCCUGUCUCUCGCACUCUCGCUCGCUCACGCUCGCUCUCUCGCUCCCUCUCCCUUUCCCGUCUCUGUGGUUUGUAAGGUAGGUUGCAGUGUGUGUAUAUACACAACAUCAAGAGCAGGAAAAUGGACUCAUUAGGGAGGCAGGCAGUCAUUACCACUCACACUGUACUUCCAGGGAGACAGCGACUAUGAGGAGACAAACUGAGGACUGGGGAACAAGUUUCCUUUGCUGGGCAGAAAGGAGGCAUGUAUUCCAACUUUUGUGUUGCUGAUCUCAUGCAACGUUCUGGAGGCAUCACUGGCAGCAUAAGAAAGAAGUGUUGAGAGCUGCUCUUAACCCUUUUGGAGUACAAGUCAAAAGGGAACUAGAGGGCUUGACGCAUCCUUUACAUCCUGCAUUUACUCUGACCACAGUCCCUCCCUGCUCUCACAAGUGGAGCUCAGCCCUGCUUCCCUUCCUGUUGAUUCCCAGUCAGCUCCAUGACUGCCUGAAGUUACACAGUAGAUGCUGAAAUCACUGCACCUUAAAAACAAAAAGAUUAAGCUGCACUGCAUUCCUAAUGUUGGGAUUUGUGGACUGUGCAUCUGUUUAGGCACGUGGAGAAAGACAAGACUGAGAUCAUCAGCGGUUGGCAGUUUCCCUCAGCUUUGCAAGAGAGAGAGAGAUUUGAUUGGAAUGAAACCUUGCUCUCCACACAGCCAGCUUGAGCUGCAGCAUUGAAAGAUCACUCACAACCAGUUUGUGGCCUUCCUCUGAAGGAACCUUUCCUGUCUCCUGUACACAGCCUCUCUCUGUUCCCUGCCCCAAUGAACGUCUGCACUAGGUCCAAGGCUUGGAGUAAUUUACCUGAAGAGUGAUACCAUUUGGAAACCACUGAAGAAACCCAAGACAGCUGAAAACCAGAAGGCGUCUGAGGAGAAUGAGAUUACUCAGACGGGUGCAUGCAGCGCCAAGCCGGGCCUUCCCUGCCUGAACCUUGAAGCUGUUCCGUCUUUGGGCCCGGCCCUCAUCCACUCACCACAUUCACCAACAAACCUGCACACACACACAGGGUCAUCUGAUUGUAACAUCAGUUGCAAGGGGAUGACAGAGCGCAUUCAUAGCAUCAACCUUCACAACUUUAGCAAUUCUGUGCUCGAGACCCUCAACGAGCAGCGCAACCGUGGCCACUUCUGUGACGUGACGGUCCGCAUCCACGGGAGCAUGCUACGCGCCCACCGUUGCGUGCUGGCGGCUGGCAGCCCCUUCUUCCAGGACAAGCUGCUGCUGGGCUACAGCGACAUAGAGAUCCCCUCGGUGGUGUCAGUCCAGUCUGUCCAAAAGCUCAUUGACUUCAUGUACAGCGGGGUGCUGCGGGUCUCGCAGUCAGAGGCCCUCCAGAUCCUCACAGCUGCCAGCAUCCUACAGAUCAAGACUGUGAUUGAUGAGUGCACAAGGAUCGUCUCGCAAAAUGUGGGAGAAGUCUACCCAGUGAUUCAGGAUUCUGGCCAGGAGACACCCAGAGGAACACCCGAAUCAGGCACCUCGGGUCAGAGCACCGACACAGAGUCUGGCUACCUGCAGAGCCAUUCACAGCACAGUGUGGACAGGAUCUAUUCGGCUCUCUAUGCCUGUUCCAUGCAAAAUGGCAGUGGGGAACGUUCCUUUUAUAGUGGAGCUGUGGUCAGCCACCAUGAAACUGCGCUGGGGCUCCCCAGGGACCAUCACAUGGAAGACCCCAGCUGGAUUACCCGGAUCCAUGAAAGGUCACAGCAAAUGGAGCGGUACCUCUCUACCACUCCUGAGACCACACACUGCCGCAAGCAACCACGCCCUGUUCGAAUUCAAACCCUGAUGGGCAACAUCCACAUUAAGCAGGAAAUGGAGGAUGACUAUGACUACUAUGGCCAACAGAGGGUGCAGAUCCUUGAGCGCAAUGAGUCUGAGGAAUGCACUGAGGACACUGACCAAGCAGAAGGCACUGAGAGUGAGCCAAAAGGGGAGAGUUUUGACUCGGGAGUCAGUUCCUCCAUUGGCACUGAGCCCGAUUCCAUGGAGCAGCAGUUUAUGGCUGGUCCGGGCCGGGAUGGGCAGCAAGAAUCUUCUCAAGCAGAUCAAACUGAUGUCCCUGCUGAUGGCACUCAGCAGCAGCAGCAGCAUAUAGAUGCCAACUCUUCCUCGCCAGAGAGAAGCAAUGACAUUGAAAUGGACAGCAAAGUGCUCACAGUCAAUAACAGCACCGAAAAGGGGGCUUUGCAGCCUUCUGUCAACACAACUGUUGCCCAACCAUUGCCAACCACACAGAUCUACUUACGCCAGACAGAAACCCUCACCAGCAAUCUGAGGAUGCCACUGACUCUGACCAGCAACACUCAGGUCAUUGGCACAGCUGGCAACACCUACCUGCCUGCCCUUUUUACCACACAGUCUGCUGGCAGUGGCCCCAAGCCUUUUCUCUUCAGCCUGCCCCAGCCUUUAGCUGGCCAACAGACACAGUUUGUGACAGUGUCCCAGCCUGGCCUGUCAACCUUUACUGCUCAGCUGCCAGCCCCACAGCCUUUGGCCCCAUCUGCAGGCCACAGUACAGCAGGUGGGCAAGGCGAAAAAAAGCCUUACGAGUGCACUCUCUGUAACAAGACUUUCACCGCCAAACAGAACUACGUCAAGCACAUGUUUGUACACACAGGUGAGAAACCCCACCAAUGCAGCAUCUGCUGGCGCUCCUUCUCAUUAAAGGAUUACCUAAUUAAACACAUGGUGACGCACACUGGCGUGAGGGCAUACCAGUGCAGUAUCUGCAACAAGCGCUUCACCCAGAAGAGCUCCCUUAAUGUGCACAUGCGCCUCCACCGUGGGGAGAAGUCCUAUGAGUGCUACAUCUGCAAAAAGAAGUUCUCCCACAAGACCCUGCUGGAGAGGCAUGUGGCUCUGCACAGUGCCACCAAUGGCACACCUGGAGCCACCGGCACCGGCGCGAGGGCUGUCCCUGCCGGGGUGGUGGCCUGCACGGAGGGGACCACGUACGUCUGCUCUGUCUGUCCAGCUAAGUUUGACCAAAUCGAGCAUUUCAACGACCACAUGAGGAUGCAUGUGUCAGAUGGAUAAGUAGAAUAUCUCUCUCUCUCUUUGUUAUGAACAAAAAAAAAAAAAUAGAAACAACAACGAAAA